GUAGAUGACCAGCUGAGUCGUCUCCGGAUGCUUUGGAAGGACAGCUGAGACAGCAUUAUACUGGAGCUUAGCUCCAUCUGUAGAGGAUAUCCUUUCGAUCUAAUCUUUUGCAUUAGUAUUGGUUACUCACUGCUGCAGUAGUGAAACAAAGAUCUCUAUGUAAGGAAAUACCCAGUGUUUGGUCUGCGAUAGGACGACUGCACCACUUACAGGUCAGUUGAUGUCACACUUAAAAAUGUAAACUAUGGCAAAACAGAGUAAACAGAAAAGAAAGGUUCAACAAGAGAGUGACAUUUAUAGUGCAGUGAGAAACUAUUUUUUCUAAACGACCUCAGAAGUGGACCCGGAAUGUAAUUACAUGAUGAUUGUUCCCAUAUGCGAAUCCUGCCUCACGAUCUCCUCUCAAUUUCCUCAGGUCAUGACUGAAAGAACCGCAACUCAAAGUCAGAACCAUGUACACUCUCUAGUGCUUAUUGCCUUUGCAUUUCUGUAGUGUAUCUGGGUGCAAAUAGAGACUACAAGGUGCCCUGGAUUUACAAGGAACAUGGGGCCUCCCGGUUCCACCCAGGACAAGACAGGAGGACGACGAACGUCCAUGCCUUGUCAACCAAAAUCCAUCAUGAUUGUCCAUUCCACGCCUUCAGGAGAGAAAAUUCAGUGUGAGAGCUUUUCAAUAAAUACAGACACAGACAAAUGCCUUCCUCUACCGAACAUCGCUACAGGGAUUUUAUCUGACCUUGCAACAGCCAAACGGCACCACAAAAGUACAACAGAUAUACCUCACUUGCGUCGCUGCUCACUGAGAGACACCAACAAUGUGACACGCAGCCCUCGCCACGCUCUCAGCGUGCCCAACAUGGGGAGCCCCAGUCCGCUCUGUAUCAUUAACAGCAGCCCUCUCCACAACAUUCCAAUCUCACCAGCACGAAGCAGCAUAUCCAGCCCUGCCAGAGAGCUGGAGAAGCUUGCAAAGGCCCGCAGCAAACUCCUGGAGAGCGAAAGUAACCAAACGCCCACACUUCCGCCAGAAACUAGACAACAACUCCGCUAUGUCUCUAAAGAUGGAAAAUGUCGCGUUAACUUGUGUCACAUUUCUGAGAGGGGGCGUUUCCUAUCUGAUAUCUUUACCUCUUUUGUAGAUCUCCAGUACCGCUGGUUCCUAUUUGUUUUUAUGAUGUGCUAUAUCACCACAUGGUUCUUGUUUGCUGGGCUCUUCUUCUUCAGUGCCACUUUCCGAGGUGACCUAGGACCAGAGAGACCUCUCGACCAUAGCCCCUGCUACUUGGGCGUAGACGACUUCAUUUCAGCUCUGCUCUUCUCGGUAGAGACACAGCGCACAAUUGGUUACGGAUCUCGCACGGUUUCUCCCACAUGCCACGAGGGUGUGCUGUUGGUCAUGAUGCAGUGUAUCGUUGGGUCUAUGAUAGAUGCUCUCAUGGUGGGCUGCAUGUUUGUUAAAAUAUCCCGUCCAAAGAAGAGGGCGGAGACGCUUCUUUUCAGUCGCACAUGUGUCAUAUCGAACCGGGAUGAUCAGCUGUGUUUGAUGUUCCGUUUAGGAGACCUGAGAGAAAGCCACAUGGUGGACGCAAAGGUCCGUGCAAAAUUAAUCAAGUCAAGACAAACAGCAGAGGGCGAGUUCUUGCCACUUGAGCAGACUGAGAUAGACCUUGGUUAUGAAACUGGAUCCGACCGACUCUUCCUCGUGGAACCUCAAGUUAUUCAGCAUAAUAUAGACUCCAAUAGUCCACUUUGGGAUCUGGGCUCAGAGCAGCUUAGGCGGCAACAGUUCGAGAUCAUCGUAAUCUUGGAAGGCAUCGUUGAGGCCACAGGGAUGAUGUGCCAAGCCAAAACAUCUUAUAUUGAAACAGAGAUUGAGUGGGGCGCUCGCUUUGAGCCGUGCAUGACGCUGGAGAAGGGCUCAUUCAGAGUGGACCUGCGUCGGUUCCACACCACCUACAAGGUACCUCUGCCUGACUGCAGUGCCAGGCAGGCACACCAGUUAAUGACUCUACAAAGUCACAGUAAAGCUAGCCAAGACUGGGAAAACUGGAUGGAGGGAAUGGCUGAAGAGGACAAAGAGAAGCAACCGGCCUAUGGAGGAUUUACUAUUGAAAACAUUCAGGAGGAGAGGAUGUCUGAAGGGAAUGAAAGUGAAGCAAGCGCGGAAAAAAACAUGCCAUGACACAACUGAUUAGUACCUAUAGUUAAAAAUUUAUACUGGUGGUGGUGGUGGUGGUGGUGGGGGCUUAGCAAAUGAGAACCACAUCUGCAUCCAACAAUGAGUUGUUUUCCAUUUCAAGAGCAAAAAAUAAGAACAACAUUUUGUCCUUUUGCUAAGAAAAUGACCAGUGCAUUGAAAUGAAAUGAAGCUCCAGACCACUGGCCCCAGAUUGUAGGUCAGAUAAUUGAUAUUUUUCAUUUUUGGUACUCUGUCUGUGUUAUUGAAAACAAUGUCAGCUCUGGUUGACAGCAGGAUCAAUAGACUAUACUGCCGCCUCCUGGCAAAUAUGAGACACUGCUUCUGUAGUUAGCACUUAAAUCUUAAUAGUUCUAAUUAGGGGUGUCUCUCUCCACUGCGUUUAGCAGUGUCAAAAUUAAGUAAUCCCCCUUCUAUAACAUAACAUAACUAUAACAAUGUAAACAACACAACAACAACAAUCGAAUAUAAAGUCAGUAAGUAAGUAGGUCAUUCGAACAAAUAAGUAAACAAAAGCAACAAUCUAAUAAUAAAUAGAAACAUUGCUCAGAGAGAAAUGUUGGCUCAUUGAUUUCCCACCACAGAAGUGAGUCUGCAUCUCGUGUAUUUGUAUUCUCUUCUGAGUGCACAUUGCAAUAAUGUGUGACAUUGCUGUGACGCUAGGAUUUGAACGUCAAACUCUGUCCUCCAGUGUCUGCAUCUUAUUUCAGAAUACCCUCUACUACACCCACAACGCUUACAUUAGUUUAAUUUCCAACACAAAAAAAUAAAGGCAUGUUUUUAUGAGGUAAAAAUUUUGUUCAUAGUAGGCACACACAAAAACCACUGCAAACCUUAUUUAUAUCAAUGGCAAAAGCAGGAUUAUCUUCCAUGAUGUCUAACUCACCAAAACGCCGACUGAACUCUGUUGUUGCCACAAGCAUCUUUAUCUCUGAUGGCCUGUGACAUUUUCUCCAAGAUGGAAAUGUGUGUAAACAAUCUCUGCUGUAAUGGCCAUUGCUUCCUUGAAUAAAUCGCCAUCUGUAAAGGGCUUCUUGUGUUUAGCCAUAGGGGACUUACAUGAAACAACGCCUCAGUCGCAGACUUGUUUUGAGCAGCAGGUUUUGUGAAAAAUUACUGGGCCUCCAACACUGAUUUCAUCUCAACAACUUUCCUUCCACGGAUUGCACUCUUUGAAAGGGGAAACCGUCAUUGAAGUAUCCGUGGUUGGUGUUGUGGUGCCGCUCCAGAUUUCCUCUUGUCGAAGGAGGAUAUUUUCCUCUCCUUCAGCCCAAGAUCUUUGUACCGUUUGGAAAGGGUAGUUCACCUACGCACAAAUCACGUGACAAUUUCAUACGUUUUGGAUAUUUAU